AUGGCUGAGCCGCUUAAUUUACAGUCGGAUAUCGAAAGAGCUAUUGAGCUUAUCGACAACUUGCUAAAAUGUCCUGACUUGCAACCGGCGAAAUUAGCCUCCCUCCAAAGAAUACUUCAAUCUGACUUUUUCAGUAUGGUCAGAGAAGUAUAUGAGCACAUCUACGAAACAGUUGACGUUACAGGUUCCGACAAAGUCAGAGCAAGUGCUACAGCAAAAGCCACCGUUGCUGCCUUCGCAGCAAGCGAAGGUCACGCCCAUCCGAGAGUCGUGGAGCUACCUAAAACAGAGGAAGGUCUCGGUUUUAACGUAAUGGGGGGCAAAGAGCAGAAUUCACCAAUAUACAUCAGCCGUAUUAUCCCAGGUGGUGUUGCUCAUCGUCAGGGCAAACUCAAACGCGGUGAUCAACUUCUCUCUGUGAAUGGUGUUUCUGUGGAGAACGAAAACCACGAGAAAGCCGUUGAGCUGCUCAAAUCGGCCCAAGGUACUGUGAGGCUUGUGGUGCGUUACACACCGAAGGUUUUGGAUGAAAUGGAGGCGAGGUUUGACAAGCAAAGAACGCGACGGAGGGCUAACUAG